AUGGCGGCGUCGCCACCGGUGGAACUCCCUCUGAUGGUGAUAGACGACAAGCCAAGUCAGUCUUCUCUUCCAGGGAAGAAAUCAUGGGACCUUCUCGUGGACUCUGUUCCUCUUUGGGAUGAUCUAUUGGAAGGACGGUUUCUGGAACCUGCUCCUCAUGUUGCUAAGAUCCAUAUCAUUGUUAACAAGAUCUGGCCUCUUGGAAACAAUAAUAUAAAAGUUGAUGUUUUUGCGGUGAACGAGACCACGGUUAAGUUCAGAAUCAGAGAUGAACAGACUCGGCGACGAGUUUUGAAGAGUAGGAUGUGGAACAUUGCUGGUAUCCCUAUGAUACUCUCUAAGUGGGCGCCAAUGGAGGUGGAGGAAGAAACUGAAACCAAAAUUAUCCCUAUGUGGGUGACACUUAAGAAUGUCCCUCAUAGAAUGUACUCUUGGAAGGGUCUUGGCUUUAUUGCUAGUUCUGUGGGUAAACCUGUUUGGCUGCACCCUGAGACAGAACUAUGUACUAACAACGAGGAGGCAAAGGUUUUUGUGAACGCAAAUAUGACUAAAGAACUGCGUAAGGUAUAUCGUUUCAAAUCGAAACAAGGUAUCGACCCAGCUGUGGAAUUCUUCUAUCCCUGGCUGCCAACGAAAUGCUCUCUCUGUUCCAGAUGGGGACACGCUGAGAAUGACUGUUCAAAACGCAGAGAGAAGGAAGUAGCAGGGGAUUCAAACCUCAAAGUUGGCGUUAAAGGAAAAGACAUAGUGGAAAAGGAUUUGUCUCCAAAGGAAAGCCCGAGAGAAAGUGAAACAGAGCGGAGAAAAGCUGACGCAGUAGAGAUCAUGGAUACACCAGCAGAUCUUGUUGAUACACCAGCGAGGAUAGGUGACGAUGUCGAGCAUGUGGAAAAUUCAGUGGACUGUACUGGCGAAGAACUCGUGGUUGCAAGCCAGUCUGAUCUUGCGAAAAGUCCUGAUGCUAACAGCUGGUCUCUAAAACACGAUGAAGAUCAUGAUGAUAAGGUCAACGAGACGGAGGAAGUGGAGGAAGGAGAAAUAACAUCAAAGGAUGAGGUUGUUCGGACACUAGUUGAGAAAGUUGGUAAGAUUCAGAAGAUUAUCCCACCUCGACUGGCCAGAGCAGCUCAGAGAUCAGACUCAUACGCAAUUGCCUCAGCUACUAGGGACUCCAAGCCUAGUGGUAAUGGUAAGAAACGUAAAGCCAAAAAACCUUGA